AUGCGUGGGCGCUUACGCCUGGCUCUUUCUGCUGUGGCGGUGGCCUGGACGUGUCGAGGCUUCGGCCGAGGCUUCGCAGCGCUCAGCUUGCGCCCAACGCCACGGAGGGGUCAUCUCUACUGGUUGCUAUGCACACGCGGCUUGGAAGCCGAAGCCGAAGAUUUGGUGCGCCAGGUUUUGGGGCAUGAUGUGAGCUUUCAGAGGUUGGCCUCAUCAUUUGGCGGAACGGAACGGAUUUCUGAAGGCCAUGCAGCAGUAGGCCAGUUGCUCAUGAGCAGCCCGAAGCCUCUCUCUGUGGGAGUGGAGAUUCCUGGCAUCAUCCAGUCCUAUGCUUUCGUUGCAGCUGCUAGUGGCCUGUCGGAUGAGAAAGCCGAAGGCUUGAAGGAGUUGCAGGACUUUUCCAGUGGUCUACGGGAGGCCUUGCAGACUGCUGCCCAGCUAAUUGUGGAUGCAGAGCCGACUUUCAGGGCCUCCGUUGUCAGAGAUGGGGAGCAUUGCUUCAGCUCAGAGGAAGCCAUGAAGGCGAUCGGCCGUGGAGUUGGAAGCAUCAUGCCAUGGAAGGCCAACAUGACAUGUUACGAUUUGGAGGUGCUGGCUGUGAUUCAUCGAAGCAAUGUGACCUUUGGCAUCUCCUGCGCCACGUUGGGCACUUCGCGCCUUGGUGCCACGAAACCCGCGCGCCUUCCACGAGAGAAGCGGCCCUGGCAUCUGACCGACGCCAGGCAUUUGCGUUUUUCCACGGCCCGCUUGAUGCUCCACUUCGCCCAACUGCGCCCGGGGGAGCAAAUGCUGGAUCUCUGUGGAGGCAUGGGAACCAUCGCCAUGGAGGCAGCCCAGCACUGGGCAAAUCUGAGAGCUGUGUCAUCGGAUGUGAGCGCCAAAGCCUGCAAGCUGGCAGAUGAGAACCUGAAGGUGGCAGAGCGUGAAGACCUCUUCGCGGCAGGAUCUGAAGUGAAGAUUCUCAGAAGGAGUGUUGCAGAGUGGAUUGACUUCAGUCUGGCAGAUGGUAGUUGCUUCGAUGUGGUUAUCUCUGAAUUGCCCUUUGGCGUGACCAUUCGAAUGCUUGACAUCCGCAUCUUGGUCCAGGCAUUGGAUGCAGUCCUCAAACCUCAGGGCCGUGUGGCCCUGAUCUGUCCAAAGGCACAGACUUCAGAUUUGCAAGCUGCGAUGUUGAAAAGCAGUUCCCGGCACUGGCGGCUCAACACUCUUCGCCAUGGCAAUGUGGGAGGGGUGUCGGUGGACAUCAUCUUGGCCUCAGCCAACAGCUGGUGAUUUGCUGUUGAAAAUUGCAGUUCCUUCCUGGGUUUCAGUCUGAGGGGUGGCUAUCGCUUGACCAUGUUGGACCGUUGGAUGGCACAUUUGAAUACAUUUGAAGUGUUUGCCCGAUUCUAUUCGAGCCCUGACAUUAGGGACGCACUACCAAAGAGGAGGCCAAGACCAAUCAGAUUAGUACGUACAUCGCAUCACUUUCUUGGAUGCACAUCCGCCAGCUGUGCCAGCUACAAUUCACAGCUAUCAGGCUAUCAGGUUGCUUGGUCGACGGCCCGUGCUGUGCAGAGCCGGUCCUGAUGAUUCGAUGAUGGAGAUUUAUUGUACCUGCUUUGAAAGCCUCGCAACGGGAUACAGAUGACUUCAAGCCUGUCAAGCCGGACGUGGCCACGGACCACGCCCAGGUUGGAAAAGUCGCGGAUCAUUUCUUAGAGAACCUAGG